CCUUGGUUCACCUUAGCGAUUUAGGGCUCUAGGGAUAUAAAGACUGAUUUCUGGUGUGUAUUAUCUUCAGUAGAUUAUUAAUUAUGUUAAUAACAAUCAUAGCUCCCAUUUGCUGAGCCCUCUCUUUGUCAGGCAGUCAUUACUCAGACAUAUGUUGUACAACAGGGAGUGCUGUGGUUGUGAAGGGUGCACAAGACUGGGGUAGCAAAUGGCUGCUGUGCUUUGAGCCAAUGGGAGUAACCCAAAUAGACAGGGGGGAGAAGAAAUCUCUUCAUUAGUUUUCUUUUGCAAGUAGGUAAGCAUAUGUAGAACCUACAGCAGGUGUUUGGGUAUUUUUUUUUCUUUUUUUUUUUUUACUUGCCAAAGCUAAAAAUUGUUAGAGUAUUCACAUUUAUUAUAUAAGUAGCUUAUAUUUUGAUUCAAAGCAGAGAGAGCCUGUUUGCAUUUUAAUGAGACAGCAUCAGAACAUUUAUCAUUUUGAAUAGUAUUAUUGGUUCUAUGUUAGAAGUUGUGGGUUAUAUUUUUUUAAAUUAUGACAAGACUAAAUGUAGCAAUAACAGUUAAGUUGGAUUUUGAGAUCCUGAACAGGCCCCAUCUGACAUAUUUUUAGUGAAUUGCCGCCUUUAAACACUGAUUGCCAGAUUUGUCUCAUUUGAAUCUUAUUUUUACAUCUCAAAUUUGUCUUAUGCUUUAGUGUAGCUAAGUGUACUGGUAUAAACUUAGUCUAAUUAACAGUAUCUUGUGACCUGGGAUUCCUGUCAAAAACCAUUGUAGGAGCUAGAAAACAUUGGGAGGUAAACUGAACACAUCUCAGCUCUCUUCUUUUGCACUAGAGUAUAACUUGCAUUCAGAGAGACUGAAAAAAGGAAGAAAAACAACAUGUCACCUUUAAACUAUAGUAAAUGUGUUUAGUAUUAUUUUGGCUUUAUAGAUUGGAAGAUUUUGUUUGAAAUAUUUGAAACUAAAUGCUACUGGGAAAAAGAUUUUACUAGAAAUAUAGAGUAGACAUCUGUCUCUACCUUUUGUUAAUUGAUCCUGCUUGUUUAACUGGAGAAAUAAAAAUGUAUGUCUACUGAAGAGAAAUCUGUGGGCAUAAACUGCUCUCUUCCUGUUUUCAAAUAUAUUUCAUGUUUAUCUUAUUUAAAUAUACAGUAGGCAAGAGAAUGCAACUGCUGUUCCUUUAAUAUCAGCACUAGGCAUGUUACAAUAGGUGUCACUGUUUUGCUUGGUCCAAUCAUGAUUGGUGACUUCAGCUAUUGGCUCGGAGCACUGGCUGUCUGACUCCAUCUGCAGGGCUGUAAUACCUACUCUCCUCCGAUCCAUUCACCACACAACUUCAGCCGGCUGAACAGACCCGCGCAGCUCCAGCACAUCUUGCUACCUAAUUCAGAAAACAAGUGCUACAGCUCUGUGCCUGUCAUCUUCGCUCAGUGUAGCAUUUUUCAGGUGAUCUAGGAAACAGUUAUUUUUAUGAGCAAAUAAGAGAAACAGGAAUCACCAUGGGGAUGUAUUUAACAGACCUGGUACUGGAUAAAACUUAAAGCCAGUUUCUGUUCGACGUAGUGAAAAGGUCACCUUGCCUGGCUGAGGAAAGAAGCAAAAUAUCAGCUUGUUGGUUUCUGUUAACAUCUAAGCUCAGGCUAGCCUCUUUUCCUUGAUGUUCAAACCAAUUUGGGAUAUCUAGCUAUAAAGAGAGACAUACUGUACUCAUGGUAGAUGACAAGGAAAAGAACAUGAAAUGUCUCACCUUCUUCUUGAUGCUUCCAGAGACGGUAAAGAACAGGUCCAAGAAAAGCUCAAAGAAAGCAAAUACGAGCAGCAGCAGUAGCAGCAGCAGCAGCAGCAAGUUGCCUCCAGUUUGUUAUGAAAUAAUUACCUUGAAGACUAAAAAGAAGAAGAAGAUGGCUGCUGAUAUAUUCCCCCGUAAAAAGCCAGCCACCUCCAGCAGCACCACUGUCCAGCAGUACCACCAGCAGAAUCUCAGUAACAACAAUCUUAUACCGGCUCCGAAUUGGCAGGGUCUUUAUCCCACCAUUAGAGAAAGAAAUGCGGUGAUGUUCAAUAAUGAUUUGAUGGCAGAUGUACAUUUUGUGGUUGGGCCACCAGGUGGGACUCAGCGGUUGCCAGGACACAAAUAUGUUUUAGCUGUUGGGAGCUCUGUGUUCCACGCGAUGUUUUACGGAGAACUUGCUGAAGACAAAGAUGAAAUCCGUAUACCAGAUGUCGAGCCUGCUGCUUUCCUUGCCAUGCUCAAAUACAUCUAUUGUGAUGAAAUUGACUUGGCUGCUGACACAGUGCUGGCCACUCUUUAUGCUGCCAAAAAGUACAUUGUCCCUCACCUUGCCAGAGCCUGCGUUAAUUUCCUGGAGACCAGCCUAAGCGCCAAGAACGCCUGCGUGCUCCUCUCCCAGAGCUGCCUGUUCGAGGAGCCAGACCUGACCCAGCGUUGCUGGGAGGUGAUUGAUGCCCAGGCUGAGUUAGCGCUCAAGUCUGAGGGAUUCUGUGAUAUCGACUUCCAGACUCUAGAAAGUAUCCUCCGCAGGGAAACUCUGAAUGCCAAAGAAAUUGUGGUUUUUGAGGCAGCUCUUAACUGGGCUGAAGUAGAAUGCCAGCGACAAGAUCUAGCUCUGAGCAUUGAAAAUAAACGCAAGGUCCUAGGAAAGGCACUUUACUUGAUUCGCAUACCUACAAUGGCCCUCGAUGACUUUGCAAAUGGCGCUGCACAGUCCGGAGUAUUAACUCUUAAUGAAACCAACGACAUCUUCCUCUGGUAUACUGCAGCCAAAAAGCCCGAGUUGCAGUUUGUGAGUAAAGCCCGCAAGGGCCUUGUCCCCCAGCGCUGUCACCGUUUCCAGUCAUGUGCCUAUCGGAGCAACCAGUGGCGCUAUAGAGGUCGCUGUGACAGCAUCCAGUUUGCAGUUGAUAAAAGAGUGUUCAUUGCUGGCUUUGGGCUGUAUGGUUCCAGCUGUGGCUCUGCAGAAUAUAGUGCCAAGAUUGAACUCAAGCGGCAGGGUGUUGUCCUGGGGCAGAACUUGAGCAAGUACUUCUCAGAUGGCUCCAGCAAUACCUUCCCUGUGUGGUUUGAGUACCCAGUGCAGAUUGAGCCAGACACCUUCUACACAGCCAGUGUGAUACUGGAUGGCAAUGAACUUAGCUACUUCGGACAAGAAGGCAUGACGGAAGUUCAGUGUGGCAAAGUGACCGUCCAGUUUCAGUGCUCCUCAGAUAGCACCAACGGCACUGGGGUGCAGGGAGGGCAGAUUCCCGAACUUAUAUUCUAUGCCUGAAAACUCACUUCCUGGAGCAGUGUGGGCUCCGAGGUGCACAUCUGGUCCCCAUGUGCUUGAUGCUUUAGCUCAUCUGCAGAUAUACGAUCAGCGCAGGUAAUUUGUAAUGAAUGAAGCAGUAGGCAGUUUCUAAUUACUUUUAACCUUUUAAUUAUGUACAGGCAAAAAUGCAGCGUUCUGCUUUUAACUGUGUGCUUAAAAGAGCCAAGUUCUUAUUAAGGCUUUGUGGUUUUUAAAAUUGCGUCUGUGCACGUGGGGAGACUUUGUGCUCUUCCAAGUGCCAUACCAACCUCCCAGUUUUGUUCCUCUGAAGAAAUUUUUGAUCACCUCAAAUUUCCUUUUGGACUUUAUUGAUGAAUAGAGAGAAAUAGUCUAAAAUAAGAAGAAUUAUUUUUAAAUAGAACCCUCUCCAACAAAAACACAGAUAAACCUCAGUGUACAAUUUUGAAAGAGACAGUAGUCAUGUUUAGCUCUUUAUUUCUUUUAAAUUUGUUGCUUCUGGGCUUUUUUUUUUUUAAAAAAAAUCCUAAAAUCAUAAGAUUGUUACAUAUUAAACACUUCAAAGUCAAUUGUAAAAAAGGAAAAUAAGGAAUUGGGUGUAUGUUUAUGCCAUGACUUCUACUAGAAGGAGAUUAAUAUCCUUUAGUGUAGAAGACAAAAUAUCUGAUACAGACACUUCUUUUAGAAAAAACUAAGUUAUAAAAUUUUAUUGUCAAUAGAAAAAUUGCAGGCCUAUUAAUUUAAACUAAAACAGUUUGAGAAGGAAUCCUAAAAAUUUCCAUCCUAAAAAUAGUUUAAUUAAUGGCACAUUAGAAUACACAUUUUGAAAAAAAA